UAUAUCAUCGAACUUCUGUACUUUUAAUCCUAAAUAUGAAUAUACGAUGGUUAUAUCUGUGGCAUGAUACAUAACAAGCGGUGUACCUGCACGAUACAUAACGACGAUAGUUUACGGGAAUCUUGGCCUAUAAAACCUCAGCCAUGCAACGACCCACUGACAGUACUAUCAUCAAAUUCCACAAUAUUCCUAGCUGAGGUGCAAGUUAGUAGUACCAUGGCUUCUACCACGUCCUUCUUGGUCUUUGUCUUUGGAAUUUUAGCCUCUCAAUUAGUAGUAGCUUCCUCUCGCCCUAUGACCGAUGAGGAAUACUCCAUGCUAGAAAUGCACCGGCAAUGGAUGUCUCGCCACGGGCGGGUUUACAAGGAUGAACGAGAGAAGGGCGCCCGGUUUAAGCUAUUCAAGGACAACAUGGACCGUAUCAACACGUUCAAUUCCGGUCCGGACAAAGGAUAUAAGCUGAGCGUGAACAAAUUUGCUGACCUAACCAACGAGGAGUUCCGGGCUUCUCGUAAUGGUUACAAGAGGCAAUCACCUAGUGAAGUGAUUUCUGGCUCAGAACGAGCACCUUUUCGGUACGCAAAUAUAACUGUUAUGCCAUCUGCUAUUGAUUGGCGGAAGAAAGGCGCGGUUACUCCCAUCAAGAACCAAGGCGAUACAUGUGGAAGUUGUUGGGCGUUUUCAGCAGUGGCAGCCAUGGAAGGUAUUAACCAAAUCAAAACCGGUAAGCUAGUAUCCCUAUCUGAGCAAGAGCUGGUUGACUGCGACGUUAAAGGACCAGACAAGGGUUGUGGCGGCGGGUCAAUGGAUUCCGCCUUCAAAUUCAUCAAGCACAUCAAAGGUCUCACGACAGAAACCAAUUACCCCUACGUGGGACGAGACAGAACUUGCAAAAGGAAGAAAUUACACAAGCCUGCUGCUGCCAAGAUAACGGGAUACGAAGACGUGCCAAAGAACAACGAGAAGGCCUUGCUUCAGGCCGUGGCUAACCAACCGGUAUCCGUUGCCAUUGAUUUCAGUGCGUCCGACUUCCAAUUCUACUCCAGCGGUGUCUACAACGGAAUGUGCAGCACGAUGCUUGACCAUGGUGUGACCACGGUUGGAUACGGGACUAGUAGUGAUGGGACUAAGUAUUGGUUGGUUAAGAAUUCGUAUGGCUCAGGAUGGGGUGACAAUGGGUAUAUAAAGAUGAAGAGAGAUGUGGCUGCCAAGGAAGGCUUGUGUGGGAUUGCUAUGGAGGCUUCUUACCCAGUAAUGGAUUAGUACUGAUCAGUGGAAGUGUGAUAAUGAUAUAUGUUAUUACAAUUAUAGCCAUGAUAUAUAUUGUGGAAUAUUUUGGUUUCAAAGUUCUGGCCAUUAUAUAUUUUAAAUAAGAUUAGUUGCUACUGUA